GGCUGCGCUUGCUCAUUUGGGGAACUUACAGACUGCCCAGCUGUUCUGAGUGGGCCAGUCCCGGUGUAAUGAGUCCCCCGCCCCACCCCGUGGAGGCAGGAUCGCAGUUGCAUCAUCUCUACAGUAUUUGUGUGCCCACAGAAAUGUUCUUUUGGGACCAGAGUCUGGGUAUAUAUGAGUGAAAAUCCUCACCCAGGAAUCUCGACUGAGAGGCUCACAUCUCUAUCCAGGUACAUAAUGAGCACAUGUUGCUGGUGUACGCCAGGUGGCGUUUCCGCCAUUGAGUUCCUACAGCACUAUGCAUCCAGGACCCAGUCCAGUGAAUUCCAGACAGCAAAUGAAGACCUCUGCUACUGCUUAGAGUGUGUGACCGAGUACCACAAAGCAAGGGACAAACUGCCAUUGUUGCAUGAGGUUUUAUGGGAAUUAGAAACCUUACGUCUCAUAAAUCACUUUGAAAAAUCUAUGAAACCAGAAAUGGAAGAUGAUGAAUUAUAUAUCAUAGAAAACAAUGGAGAGGAACAACCGUUUGACUUCACUGGCCAAGACUUUGAGAAUAAGCUUCGAGUUCCUCUUCUCGAAAUCCUGAAAUACCCUUAUCUGCUUUUACAUGAGCAUGUUAAUGAGUUAUGUGUUGAAGCACUUUGUCGGAUGGAACAAGCCAAUUGCUCCUUUCAGGUUUUUGAGAAACAGCCCGGAAUCUAUUUGUUUUUGGUCCAUCCCAACGAAAUGGUUCGUCGUUGGGCUAUCCUAACUGCAAAAGGCUUGGGAAAAGUGGACAGAGACGAUUAUUAUGACUUACAAGAGGUUUUGACUUGCCUUUUUAAAGUCAUUGAAUUGGGGCUUUUAGAAAAUACAGACAUUUAUACUACUACUGUCCUUGAGAAGGGUAAAUUGAUCAUCCUGCCUCCACACAUGUAUGACACUUCCAACUACAAAAACUAUUGGUUAGGGAUUUGCAUGCUGCUGACCAUUCUCGAGGAGCAAGCCAUGGAUUCACUGUUGUUGGGCUCAGACAAACAGAAUGAUUUCAUGCAGUCAAUACUUCACACCAUGAAGAGGCAGUCAGAGGAUGAUAGUGAAGAUCCUUUCUGGCCAGCAUUGCACUGUUUCAUGGUCAUUUUGGAUCGCCUGGGAUCUAAGGUCUGGGGUCAACUUAUUGAUCCUAUUGAGGCCUUUCAGACCAUUAUCGACAAUGAAAGCUACAACAGAGAGAUCCAGAAUAUACGGAACAGCUCUGUGAGGGCCAAGUCAGAACCAGAGUCGUGUAUGGAUGAUAUGGUGACUUGCAGCCAGAUUGUGUACAAUUAUAACCCUGAAAAGACCAAAAAGGAUUCAGGGUGGAGAUCAGCCAUUUGCCCAGAUUAUUGUCCUAACAUGUAUGAAGAAAUGGAAACAUUAGCCAGCGUGCUUCAGUCAGAUAUUGGUCAAGACAUGCGUGUUCACAACAGCACAUUUCUGUGGUUCAUCCCUUUUGUUCAGUCCCUCAUGGAUCUUAAUGAUUUGGGUAUGGCUUACAUAGUAGAGGUCAUCCACCAUCUGUACUCCCAAGUCAAAGAUGUUCUCAACCAAACAGCUGUGGUGUGUGACAAAGUCACUGAAUUUUUUUUCCUAAUUUUGGUGUCGGUGAUUGAACUACAUAGAAGUAAAAAAUGUUUGCAUUUGCUGUGGGUUAGCUCCCAGCAGUGGGUAGAAGCCAUUGUGAAAUGUGCCAAGCUUCCCACCACUGCAUUUGCACGGAAUUCUGAGAAGUCAUCUGCCAAUGGCUCCAAAGGAGCAGCAAUGAUAACGUCUUUGUCACUGCAUUCAAUGCCAUCUAACUCUGUACAAUUCGCUUGUGUGCAGCUCAUUAGAAGUCUCCUUAAAGAAGGUUAUCAGCUUGGGCAGCAGACUCUUUGUAAGCGAUUCUGGGAUAAGCUCAACUUAUUCCUGCGAGGAAAUUUAUCUCUAGGUUGGCAGUUGACUAGUCAGGAAACCCACGAGUUACAAACUUGUUUAAAGCAAAUUAUUAGAAACAUAAGAUUGAAAAUGCCUCAAUAUACUGCUUUGGCAGAGCUGGCUCCUCCAUGUAAAACCCCUCCUGCCUCUAAUGGUAAAGAAGAAAGUGAACAAAUAGGGAGGGCAUGUGAAAAAGACAUCCCCUAUCUGGAAAGGUGCAGCCCAACGUGUUCUAAAGAACCAGUGAAAGCUGAUGUAUGUCAAGUACAAGAGAGUAGUGUAGUAAGCAAAGCAAGUAACACUAUAGAAGAAGGUAAUGAGCAAAAUUAUAUAAAAGAUUUGAAACUAGAAGACCAUCUCUCAGCUGAGUCACACUUAAAGCAGAGUAGUAAAAACCUUUCCACUGAAAGAACUCAAGAUCGAGUUAAAAUACACACAAAGAAGCAGAAGUCUGUAAAAGAUAAUUCCUCCUGUUUGAAACAGAACUGUACUUCAAGAAAUGAUCCAGAAGAGGGAUGUGACAGAGGAGUAACUAUGUCAACACAUUUGUUGACUGAUUCUAACACUGAUUCUCUGGAAAAGGCACCCACAUCAAAAGAGGAUUUCUCUCUAAAGAAUGAUGUUCUUGGCAAAACCUCAAAAGCAAAAACUAAGGCACAGAAAAGUGACAUUUGUACUGAGUUAUCCCAUGUAAUAAAGAAGCAAAACAGGAAAAGUGCCAUGGUCAAAAAUACUGUGGACUUAGAGGGAGACCUGUCUAUCUCUGACCGUAAGAAUUUCUGUUCAAGGACAGAUACUGCAGGUCAGAAAGGUGAUGGCUUCAUGCAGAACUUUUCUUUAGACCCUAAUGAUAAUCUGGAUCAUAAAAAUGAAGAACAGAAAUCUCUUAACAGUUUAUUGCUGAAACAGUUGAAGAAUGAAGAGUUAGAUGUUCCUUCUUCCCAUGAAAACGAUUGUCAAAUACAGGAAUGUCAUGUUGAUAAUAAAGAUUUUAUCUCAUUUACUUCCAUGCCUAAAACAUCUCCCUGUAAAGAUCCUGUGACUUUACUUGGAUCAAGUGAUAAGGGGAUUAACAAGAGCACUGAUCCAGUUUCUUCUGACCUGAGAGAACAGGCCCCUAGCAGUCCUCAGUGUGACAUCCUAACAGAUUCUCAGAUAGACAGAGACCUUCACACAUUAUCUUUAAUAGCUCAAGCCCAUGUCAAUGAGUUUCCAUUAGAUUCAACUCAAAAAAGCUCAUUCCAGUUACAAAGAAAAGUAAAAGAUAAAAGAAGUUUCAGAGCCAACCAAAAUAAUGUCAGGGAAACCUGUGAACAAAUUAUUAUUAUUUCAGAUUCUGAUGAAGAUGGUGAUGAACAAACUCUAGAUUCUGAGAAACACAUUAAACAAGAUAAAAUGUGCAUUGAGAAAGAAUGGCCAGGGCAGGGAACUUCAAAAGCUAAUAUGAAUGUGGACAUGAAGCUAACAGAGGAAGAAAAGAUAGAGGAGUUUGAGGACUCUGGCUCUCAGGUUUUUGAGUUUGAAAGCCAACAGAAAGUGUUUUCAGUUUGGCAAGAUCAGAAAACAGACCAUGGGAAUUCAGUUCAAGAGGAUGAAAAAAAUUCAUGUUUGACUCAUAUAGUAGAUAUCACAAACGAUUGGGGUUAUGAUACAGAUUACGCUAUGUCUGAAGAAGUUACCAAAAAUGAAGCAGAGGGCACUGAGCAUGCAAAACCACAAAGUGAUAGUUCCGUUGAGGAAGUUUGUGAAAUUAAAGGAAAAAAACCCAAGAGAAAACAAUUAAAAAAAAUGGCUAAAGACUCUUUAAGGCCUUCUUCUUCUGUCAGAAAUGAGGACCAAUCUGAUACUCUUAAUGAGAGGGAUCUAACUGAAAAUGAUACUAAAAUUGCAGACAUAAGAACAUCUUCCAAUUCAGGUGUUGAGAGAACCACUCUGGUCUCCCUGAAGAAGUCAUCUCCAAAGAAUCGAACUUACUCCAAAGUGGAUCGGAGAGCCUCAGUUUCUAAAACGCCUAAGAAAACGCAUUCAGAUACCAAAAAAGGGCAGAAUAAAGCUCCAAAUUACAUAAGUUGCAGGAACACUCCUGCUAUUGUGCUACCAAAGAAAUUUCGCCCGUGUCCUGAACCAACUUCAAAGGCUGAGAAACUUGGUCUGAAAAAGGCUCCUCGUCGGGCAGUUGUGUUGUCUCAGCAAUCUUUAGACGUGAUAGGUCAAUUACGCAACCAUGGCAAAAUUGUUGGAGAAAUUGGUACCCCAAAAAAGGCUAAACUAAUUUCUCCUCAGACUCUCCCUGGGAACGAUAAGAAACUGCUCGUGAGUCAAGAUCGUCCAUUUCAGAGGCAGAGGAGACCCAAAUCUCAUCGAAACAGACAAAGACUUAAUGGCAGAGCAUACACUACAAGAGCAGGACCACAUGCGGCCCAGAAUUCUGACAGUGUAAUACCAGAUAUAGAUAGGUCAGAUGACAGUAACAAAGGAGGAACUGAGGUCAUGGCAAACAGUAGUGGAGAUCAGUCAAUAAAAUGUGUGUCUCCUGAACAAGGACAUGGGAAAGAAAAAUACGUUGCUCAGGUGGCUGGUGAUGCUUUUCUUUUGAGCCCUUGUAGUUCCCCUGUGUUAAAUGGAAGAACACCAACCAGUGAAAUUACGGUCUGUACUCCAGAGGACCCUUUAGGUGGUGGCAACCUGACUGGACAUCAUUUAGAGGUGCCAACUUUGAAAAGGGGACAGCUUGACUCCGACAGUGAUAUGGAAGAUGAUAUCUUUUUAACACAACAUGAUCCCGAAGAUAUGGACUUAUGUUCACAAAUGCAGAAUGGUGAUAAUAGACUCAUUGAAGAAGUCCAUUGGAAAAGAGUUCAUGUAGAAGAUUCUGUAAAUCGGCCUCAGUCAGAAUCUUUGAGUAGCACAAGAUGUAAGUACAAGGAUUGUGUGGAAACUGUGAAAAGCCAGGGUGAGUACUGCUCAAAACACUCUGAAGCUAAAGCAGCAGAUGAAGAUGUCUUUCGUAAACCUGCCCUGCCUCUUUCUGCCUCUAAACCUUUGAGACCUUCCACCACAAAGAUUUUUAGCUCAAGCAGUACUUCACGAAUUGCUCAUCUUUCCAAGUCUUUGGAAAGUGCCUCGGCAUCUCCAGGCCUAAAAAAUAAGUCAAAUGGAGGACAGCCUGUUUCCAAAGUACCACAGCCUGCCUCUCCGUUGUCUCCAAAGCCAAGGGCUGAAGUGAAGAGUUUGUACAAUAUUCCUCAUUCUCCAACUCCGAAUAACUCCAGCAGGCAAGCUUUCAAACUCCCGCUUGGUGAGCGCAGACCUUUUUCUUCUCCAGCCAACAUUUUCUUGUCAUCACAGUCUAUCUCUGACACCUUCAUCAAAGAGGUCUUGAAAUGGAAAUAUGAGAUGUUUGCGAACUUUGACCAGUGUGGGCCCCCAACAAAUCUUUGUCAGGCCAUCUCAAGAUCCGUGCCUGUCAGAUUUCAAGAUUGUGAAGAUUACUUCAGUGUUUUCUUCCCUCUGGUGUUACUGAAUGCCUUUGAAACAGUAGCACAGGAAUGGAUCAACUCUCCAAACAGAGGAAAAUUCUAUGAGUUGCAGUUACGAAAAUUUCCUGGAGAAUAUAAAAAAUACUGGGAGUUUGUGAUUUCUCUUGAGGAAUGUGAACUGUCUAAACAGCUUUAUCCAAAGGAGAAUGACUUGGUGUUUUUGGUUCCUGAGAGACUGAAAGGAGAGAAGAGAGAGUUGGAGGGGAAUUCCAUCCAAGCUUCUCGUGAAUAUCACUGUGCUUAUGUUCAGAAAUUCCGCCGCACUUCAGUCAUGCAUAAUGGGAAAUAUGAGUGUUCCCUUCUCAUCCAGACUCAGGAUAAAUUCCCAGUCAAUGUAAAUGAAACCGUGAGAUGUGUUGUAAUCAGUUCUCUGGUAACUACACAAAGGAAGUUGAAAGCAAUGUCUUUGUUGAAUAGUCGAAACCAACUGGCCAGAGCUAUUCUGAAUCCAAACCCCAUGGACUUCUGUACAAGAAAUCUACUAACUACAACAUCUGAGGGAAUUAAUGCCUACUUAAGGGAUUUCAACGACGACCAGAAGAAAGCGAUAGAAACCGCGUACGCCAUGGUGAAACACUCCCCGGCGGUGGCCAAGAUCUGUCUGAUUCAUGGGCCACCUGGAACAGGGAAAUCAAAAACCAUCGUUGGCCUCCUGUACCGCCUGCUGACCGAGAGGAGGGGGCAGUUGGAUGAAAACUCCAACGCCAAGAUCAAGCAGAACCGCGUGCUUGUGUGUGCGCCUUCCAACGCAGCCGUGGAUGAGCUGAUGAAAAAAAUCAUCCUCGAAUUCAAAGAAAGGUGUAAAAACAAGAAGAAUCCUCUGGGAAACUGUGGAGAUAUCAAUUUAGUACGUGUGGGUCCAGAAAGGUCUAUUAAUAAUGAGGUCCUAAGAUUCAGUUUGGACAACCAAGUUAACCACAAAAUGAAAAAAGAAAAAGACUUACCUUCUUACGUUCAGGAGAUGCAUAGAAGAAAGGAACAUCUAGACCAUCAACUAGAUGAACUUUCCCGCCAGCGUGCUUUAAGCCGAUAUGGAAGAGGAAUCCAGAGGCAAGAAUUAGAUGAAAAAAUUGCCCAAGUUUCAAAAGAAAGGCAGGAACUUGCGUCUAAAAUUAAAGAGGUUCAAGGGCGCCCACAGAAAACCCAGAGCAACAUCAUCCUAGAGUCCCACAUCAUCUGCUGCACCCUGAGCACGAGCGGCGGUUUACUGCUCGAGUCCGCUUUCCGGGGGCAAGGAGGAGUCCCCUUCAGUUGUGUCAUCGUUGACGAGGCCGGGCAGGCUUGUGAAGUGGAAACCCUUACCCCCCUCAUCCACCGCUGCAACAAGCUGGUCCUCGUGGGAGACCCGAAGCAGCUCCCCCCCACAGUCAUCUCCUUGGAGCCGCAUCAGAGACCAGAGACUAGAAAGAACCUACUCCAUGUGCGCUGGGCUUUUCCUUUGCAACAGGCAGAGUGCAGCUGUUUUAAGACGGCGCAGGACUACGGCUACGAGCAGUCGAUGAUGGCCCGCUUCUGCAAGCUGCUGGAGGAGAACGUGGAGCACCACGUGAGCGGCAGGCUGCCGGUGCUCCAGCUGACCGUGCAGUACAGGAUGCACCCCGACAUCUGUCUCUUCCCCUCCAAUUACAUUUACAACAAGAGCCUGAAAACCCACAAAGGGACUGAGAGCACGCGGUGUUCCUCAAGCUGGCCGUUUCAGCCUUACCUCGUGUUUGACGUCGGGGACGGCUCAGAACGGCGGGAAAAUGACUCAUACGUAAACAUUCAAGAAAUCAAACUGGUGAUAGAAUUGAUUAAACUUCUCAGAGACAAAGGAAGGGAUGUUAAUUCCCGAAGCGUUGGCGUCAUCACCCAUUACAAGGCUCAGAAGAUGAAGAUGCUGAAGGAGUUGGACAAAGAAUUUGAAGGAAGAGGGCUAGCAGAAGUAGAUACUGUGGAUGCAUUUCAGGGUCGUCAGAAAGAUUGUAUUAUUGUUACAUGUGUCAGAGCAAACGCCACACAAGGCUCAAUCGGAUUCCUGGCGAGUUUGCAGAGGUUGAACGUCGCCAUUACACGAGCCAAGUACAGCCUCUUCAUCCUUGGGCAUCUGAGGACCCUGAUGGACAAUCAGCAUUGGAACCACCUGAUUCAAGACGCGCAGAGGCGUGGCGCCAUCAUCAAGACCUGCGACAAGAACUAUAAGCAGGACGCCAUGAAGAUCCUGAAGCUCAAGUCGGUGGUGCUGCAGCGGAGUCUGACCUACCCUCCUUCUGCAGCCCCUGAGGGCUCCAGCCCCCAGGGUGGCUCGCCGGGCAGCGACCAGAACAGGACAUUGCUGAAUGACUCCCUGUACCACGCAUUCUUGGACGCUAAGGAGGCUGCUGAUAAUGUUGCUGGAAAGGACCUUGAACGGCCUCCUGUUAAGGACCAGCUUCGGGACCCACGACUGCUCAGGAGAAUGGGCAGAAGUGCUGAAGCCCCAGGGAACUGCCUAAGGAACCCAGAGCCCCGGGGCCCCCAGCAUUCUGAAGCAGCGCCCCCCUCAGGAGUGCCCGGCUUCCCUGUGAGUCCCCAGACACUGGACCGCGCCUUGAAGCUGUGCAUGGCCACAUGGAGCAGCCACAGACCUCACGUGCCGUGUGAACCUCCUGCCGCCAGCAUUGACUCCACAAAUGAAAGUGACCAGCAAGGGGGUCACAACCACCAGAGAGAGGCCAGGGCUGUCAGUGACAGGGACCAGGAGAUGCCCAGCCCUGGGAACCAUCACCUCAAGAGGAGCUCCAGCUGGGACGAUGGGAGAGCCGAGGAGGAGGACAGCGGCUCGAAGAAGAGGAAGCUCUAGUAAGCGGGCGCGCGGUCAGCCGCAAGCAGACCGCAGGCAGCUACGAGGACUGUCAGCUACGAUUGUUUUUUCUCAAAGGAGUUUGUGUGCUGUUGGGGAACAUGGGAAAUGUAACUGAACCCUGAGCCUGCUGCUCAUCUUCAGUUCUUGUUGUCAGUUGCCAAAACUCCAGAGGGUGCAUGUGUUAGUAAUAAUGCCCUGAAGUGCAGCCCUGAAGUGUUCUUCUAUAAAAAGGUCAACUUUUACAAGUAUUGUGAAAGUUGAAAUGUAUAUUUGUAUAGCAAAUAGCCAAACCCUUUUAAAAGUUAAUCUAGUUAACCACUCUUCUUCCCUUGCUUACAAUGUGAGUCCUUUUCGCCAGAACAGACUUUAUAUUACAGAGAAGAAGAGCAGGAGAGGCGGGUUGAGCCACUAUGGCAGCAGGUGUGCAAUAGGCGGGCCUGGGGCAGCCGGGCGCUGCUGGCCAGUGUGUCGGGUUCUGUUUACAAAGUGAGGGCAGGACACUGGGAAACGGAGUUCUGUUCGGUCAGGUUCUGAUGGACGUUUCUAGACGAGGCACCUUGGCAUGGACAGGACAUUUCUGGGAGGGAUUCAGCCACCUUUUAGUAGGCAAAACAGCUCUCUAGCAAAAAUUCGUCUCCUUCCUGAAAAAGGAGACUCGGCCAUGAAAUAUCCUUGAAUGAGCACUCAGACGCCCCAGCAUAUUGUGAGCUUCCUGUCACGGUGGGCUCCCACUUGAGGGUGGCCCAGGGCCAGGCUAGUGCUGGGCAGCUCUACGGACCCCUCAUCCGCUUGUGAGCUUGCAGGUUGCCAAGGGUCCCAGCUGAGUGACCAGUUUAGAUAGAGCCUGGAAAGCCCCAUGUUAUACAUCCAGGGGGUGGAAGGGGUGGUUCUGGUCCCGGCAGCUUGGGAACCACGAGGGCAGGCCGGGUAUAAUGCAGGGUGUCCCAAAGAAAUGUACACACGUAACAGCUGCUAGAUGGAUGUUUCCUUUUUUUCAGAUGUAGCCCAUUGGAAUGUUUAUUCAAAGUGUGUAUUCAUUUUUUUGGGGACACCCUGAAUUUUAGGCCCGAAUGAAACACCCUUUCAAAGAGGCUAGAAGAGGGUGAGAGAACUUGGAGUUGAGAACCGGGAAGAGCGGGACGUUUCCUGUGGAAAGACCCUGCUUCCGCAGCGGGAGGGCGUGCAGUGAGGGGAGUCUGAGAGACGGAGAAGCGGGUGCCGCACCUCAGUCCACUUUCCCAAACACGGACAGAAGGGAUCGCAGACAGGAGCGCGCACUUAGUGGCAGCUGACCAUGGCUGCAGCAGGCUGGGGGACUGCCCUGCAGCCCCCGGCUAAUGGGGUAGGAAAGCAGACCCUGAGGUGAGCGCCAUUAGAAGUUUUCUGGGCCUCUGCUUUAAGCAAAAAGGGCUUUGUGUUAGUCAGAAGCUCUACUGCCCCGUAGACUCCUAAGGGAUCUUUAGAAAGCAGUGUGUGCUUGCACGAGUUUAAAGUCUCCUUUUUCAUUGCCUGUCCUCGCUGGCGUGGUGCAGCACCCCGCCCGGGGAGCCGGUGUUCCCGGGGUUGGGACAGCUGUCCUGGCUGGGCCGCAGGAGAAGGCGCAGGGAGGGGCAGGGCCGUGGGAAGACAUCUCAGUGUUACUUUAAGUUUACUCUCCUCUCCUGGUAAAACGCUCCGCUUAGCAGAUACUUGGAGUGUGACAACAGUUCCGAGUCUGACAGCUCUGCAAGCUAGUGAAGGAGGCAGACAAGACUGUUGGUGAGGAUUGCCACCCUCUGCCACAGCAGGCGCUGCAGAAGCAGGUGUCCCCGGGGCGUGCUUUGCUGCCGUGCCCACAGUGUUAUUUCCAGUUAAGUUCGAGGCCUGUUCUCACGCGUGUUGGCUCCCCUGGUCUGACGAUGCAUGAUGUAGUCGGAGAGCCACAUGACCCUUUCCAAGGGUAAGUAAGCCUGUGCCCUGCCAGCUCUCCCGGCAGGACACAGUGUACCUGCCCUUGCCUUUGGAACCAUUGGUUGUUGAGUAAAAGCAUUUGCAUAGAGCGUUCCGAGUGUCCGGUGUGGCUUCCUCGCUGGGCUGUCCCAGCGGUGCGAGUGGCAGCUGAGCGCAGCUGGUGGAAAGGCUGCCUGGGGGCUACACGGAAGGAAGUGCCUGUCUGCUUUCAUACCAGUUGUUCCAUCGUGAAUACAUUCUACUGACUUGGCUUUUCCAUGUGUGACCUGCCUGGGGUUCACUGUGCACAGUUUAUUUAGUUACAUGUCUUCAUGUAUUAGGGGGAGAAUUUUGAUAAAUACAUGUGAAUAAUCUGUAAAUGAGUUUUAUAACCAAAAUGUACCUAAACUAUUUUCUAAAGUGAGUUGUGCACAUUCUAUUUUUUGCUGGAGCUUUGUCUUUUUCUAUGCUCUGAAUUCCCAGCUGGGAUUUGGCAAACUUUAGGCCUGUCGUCCUUGUUAAAACCUAAGUUUUAAGAGAAAAUAGAAGAAUUAAAAAGUGGAAACGCAA